GGUUAUCACUCGCAAGGUUUCCACAAGGUAGUUUGUAGAAGUUAGCCGAUCCACUUGCUCUAUAUCAAAAUGUCGGCGGUACCUCGCAGUGAUCAAGAAAAAAGAAAGCAGAUUAGCGUUCGGGGAAUAGCUGGUGUCGAAAAUAUCGCAGAAGUAAAAAAGACAUUCAAUCGGCACUUGCAUUACACUUUGGUCAAAGACAGAAAUGUUGCUACCCAGAGAGAUUAUUAUUUUGCUUUGGCUCAUACUGUUAAAGACCAUCUAGUGGGGCGGUGGAUUCGGACGCAACAAUAUUAUUAUGAGAAAGAUCCGAAGAGGAUAUACUACCUAUCUUUGGAGUAUUACAUGGGUCGAACGUUAUGUAAUACCAUGAUAAAUCUCAACAUCCAGAGUGCUUGUGAUGAGGCCCUAUAUCAGCUGGGAUUGGACAUUGAAGAUCUUGAAGACAUGGAGGAAGAUGCUGGGCUUGGAAAUGGCGGUCUUGGACGGCUCGCAGCUUGCUUCCUUGACUCAAUGGCAACUUUAGGUCUAGCUGCAUAUGGGUAUGGACUUCGAUACGAAUAUGGCAUUUUUGCUCAGCGCAUAAAGAAUGGUGAACAGUCUGAAGAACCAGAUGAUUGGUUGAGGUUCGGAAAUCCCUGGGAGAAAGCAAGACCUGAGUACACAUUGCCUGUUAACUUCUAUGGACGAGUUGAACAAACGGACAAAGGAUGUAAAUGGGUUGAUACACAAAUUGUAUUUGCUAUUCCAUAUGACAAUCCAAUACCUGGCUUCAGGAAUAAUGUAGUGAAUACAAUGCGUCUCUGGUCAGCUAAAUCUCCAAAUAGUUUCAACUUAAAAUUUUUCAAUGAUGGUGAUUAUAUACAAGCAGUAUUAGACAGGAAUUAUGCUGAAAAUAUUUCAAGGGUUCUGUAUCCCAAUGAUAACUUUUUUGAAGGAAAAGAGCUGAGAUUAAAACAAGAAUAUUUUAUGGUUGCUGCUACUCUGCAAGACAUCAUUAGACGUUUCAAAUCAUCAAAGUUUGGAAGCAGAGAUCCCGUUAGGACAUCCUUUGAUACAUUUCCUGAUAAAGUUGCCAUUCAGUUAAAUGAUACACAUCCUGCAUUAGCAAUUCCAGAACUGAUGCGCAUACUUGUUGAUGUGGAAGGUGUAAUAUGGGACAAAGCAUGGGACAUAACUGUACGAACAUGUGCUUAUACAAACCACACUGUAUUACCAGAAGCCCUUGAACGUUGGCCUGUCAGUAUGCUUGAAAAUAUUCUACCAAGACAUUUGCAAAUCAUGUAUGAAAUUAAUGCGAGAUUCUUGGAUAAAGUAUCCAAAAAAUGGCCAGGUGAUGUGGACAGGUUGAGAAGAAUGUCUUUAGUUGAAGAAUAUGGUGAGAAGCGCAUAAAUAUGGCACACUUGGCAAUAGUUGGAUCACAUGCUGUAAAUGGUGUUGCUGCAAUACAUUCUGAAAUCAUUAAAAAGGACAUAUUCCGUGACUUCUAUGAAAUGAAUCCUGAGAAAUUCCAAAAUAAAACAAAUGGUAUAACUCCUCGCCGAUGGCUUUUACUAUGUAACCCAAGCCUUGCUGAUGCUAUUGCUGAGAAAAUUGGAGAUAAAUGGGUUACUCAUCUUGAGGAACUUGCACAGUUGAAGAAGUUUGCUAAUGAUCCAUCGUUUAUCAGAACAAUACAUAAAAUCAAACAGGAAAAUAAACUAAAACUUGCUGCUUAUCUGACCAAUGAGACUGGUGUCAAUAUAAACCCAGCAUCCAUGUUUGAUAUUCAAGUAAAAAGAAUCCAUGAGUACAAGAGACAGUUACUGAAUUGUUUGCACAUCAUUACAUUGUACAACCGCAUUAAGAAGAACCCAAAUGCACCAUUUGUCCCAAGAACUGUAAUGAUUGGUGGAAAAGCUGCUCCAGGUUACCAUACUGCAAAGCAAAUUAUAAAGCUCAUUUGUGCUGUGGGAAAUGUUGUUAAUAAUGAUCCCGUUGUUGGUGACAAAUUGAAAGUUGUUUUCUUAGAAAAUUACAGAGUAACACUUGCUGAAAAAAUUAUUCCUGGAGCUGACUUGAGUGAACAAAUAUCAACUGCUGGUACAGAGGCUUCAGGCACAGGAAAUAUGAAAUUUAUGUUGAAUGGAGCAUUAACUAUCGGAACAUUAGAUGGAGCCAAUAUUGAAAUGAAGGAAGAAAUGGGGGCAGAGAACAUCUUUAUUUUCGGUAUGACAGUUGAUGAAGUUGAAGAUUUGAAGAGAAGAGGAUACAAUGCUUGGGAUUACUACAAUAGACUUCCUGAACUCAAGCAAGCUGUGGAUCAGAUUAGUGGAGGCUAUUUCAGUCCCAAUAAUCCAGAUACAUUUAAAGAUUUAACUAAUAUCUUGCUAAAUCAUGAUAGGUUUUACUUAUUUGCUGAUUAUGAGGCUUAUAUUAAGUGCCAAGAGAGAGUGAGUGAUAUGUUCACGAAUACUGAAGAGUGGACUAAAAUGGCUAUCAUGAAUAUAGCAUCCUCUGGAAAGUUCUCUAGUGAUCGGACAAUUGCUGAAUAUGCUAGGGAAAUAUGGGGAGUGGAACCCAGUUGGGAAAAACUGCCAGCACCUCAUGAGGCUAGAGAAUGAAUCUAAUCGCUUUACCUGCCUCAUUUGUUAUUGUGAUGUUAAAAGAUUUAUUCAUAAAAUUGCACAUUAUAUGGUUUGUUUUAGUCCAAGCUUUUUUGAACAAAGUGCUGCUGUGAAUGCAUCCUUGCCAUAUAAAGCUCCAGAAACUGCUCUGUCGUCAUAUUUUAGAAGACAAAUAUAUGCAGUGUAAUAUGCUUGUAGCUAUUUUAUGUAAUAUACAUGCUGAAUUAUUUAGAAAAAUGUUACUAUAUGCAGACUGACUGUAUGAAUAAUUUUACUGAAAUCAUUAACAAGUUCUUAAAAUAUUUCAAGGUAAAAUUGCUAAAAUUUAUUACUAAUACUUAGUUGUCAACUUAAAACUAUAUACUCAAUUCUCUACAUUCUAAGUUUAAUUAAUGAAACUAUCCAUAUUGGGAAUGUUUUUUCCUCUAAAAUAGCAAUAUUUAUUGUUCAUGUGGAUGUUUGUGCUUUGUUAAUUCAUUAAUUUAAAUAGAUUUUAUAAUGUUCUCUGGAGCAAAUAACUCAUGCAUUAGGAAUACCAUAAAUAUUUUGUACAUAGAUCUGUAUUGUUGAAUUUAUAAAAAUUUAAUGUUUUCUUCAACACAUAUAAUUGAUUGCAUUUUUAAGUUUAAUUAAAGUUACAAAAUUUUAUUAAA